UCUGUUAGCCAGUGCACAGGAAGUCAUUGAAUUUUCUCCCAUUCUUAUGAAAUGUGCAAUAUUUUUCAGUAUACUUCUGCUCUGACAUAUGACGCUGUUCAAGUGAUGACAGAAGCUUUUCGAAACCUGCGGAAGCAGAGAAUUGAAAUCUCCAGAAGGGGAAAUGCAGGAGACUGUCUGGCAAACCCAGCGGUGCCCUGGGGACAAGGUGUAGAAAUAGAAAGGGCCCUCAAACAGGUGCAGGUCGAAGGUCUUUCAGGAAAUAUCAAGUUUGACCAGAAUGGAAAAAGGAUAAAUUACACAAUUAACAUCAUGGAGCUUAAAACGAAUGGGCCCCGGAAGAUCGGAUACUGGAGCGAAGUUGACAAAAUGGUUGUUACCCUUACUGAACUCCCUUCUGGAAAUGAUACCUCUGGGCUUGAGAAUAAGACUGUUGUUGUCACUACUAUUUUGGAAUCCCCCUAUGUUAUGAUGAAGAAAAAUCAUGAAAUGCUUGAAGGCAAUGAGCGAUAUGAGGGCUAUUGUGUUGACUUGGCUGCAGAAAUCGCCAAACAUUGUGGGUUCAAAUACAAGUUGACCAUUGUUGGGGAUGGCAAGUAUGGGGCCAGGGAUGCAGACACGAAAAUUUGGAAUGGGAUGGUUGGAGAACUUGUAUAUGGGAAAGCUGAUAUUGCAAUCGCUCCGUUAACCAUCACCCUUGUGAGAGAGGAGGUGAUCGAUUUCUCAAAGCCCUUUAUGAGCCUCGGGAUCUCUAUCAUGAUCAAGAAGCCUCAGAAGUCCAAACCAGGAGUGUUUUCAUUUCUUGAUCCUUUAGCCUAUGAGAUCUGGAUGUGCAUUGUUUUUGCCUACAUUGGGGUCAGUGUAGUUUUAUUCCUGGUCAGCAGAUUUAGCCCCUACGAGUGGCACACUGAGGAAUUUGAAGAUGGAAGAGAAACACAAAGUAGUGAAUCAACUAAUGAAUUUGGGAUUUUUAAUAGUCUCUGGUUUUCCUUGGGUGCCUUUAUGCAGCAAGGAUGCGAUAUUUCGCCAAGAUCCCUGUCUGGGCGCAUUGUUGGAGGAGUGUGGUGGUUCUUUACCCUGAUCAUAAUCUCCUCCUACACGGCUAACCUAGCUGCCUUCCUGACUGUAGAGAGGAUGGUGUCUCCCAUCGAAAGUGCCGAGGAUCUUUCUAAGCAAACAGAAAUUGCUUAUGGGACAUUAGACUCUGGCUCCACCAAGGAAUUUUUCAGGAGAUCUAAAAUUGCAGUGUUUGAUAAAAUGUGGACCUACAUGAGAAGUGCAGAACCCUCGGUGUUUGUGAGGACUACAGCCGAAGGGGUGGCCAGAGUGCGGAAGUCCAAAGGGAAAUACGCCUACUUGCUGGAGUCCACCAUGAACGAAUACAUCGAACAAAGGAAGCCUUGUGACACCAUGAAAGUUGGUGGGAACCUGGAUUCCAAAGGCUAUGGCAUCGCUACACCUAAAGGAUCCUCAUUAAGAAAUGCGGUUAACCUCGCAGUACUAAAACUGAAUGAACAAGGCCUGUUGGACAAAUUGAAAAACAAAUGGUGGUACGACAAAGGAGAGUGCGGCAGCGGGGGAGGUGAUUCCAAGGAAAAGACCAGUGCCCUCAGUCUGAGCAACGUGGCUGGCGUAUUCUACAUCCUUGUCGGGGGCCUUGGCUUGGCCAUGCUGGUGGCUUUGAUUGAGUUCUGUUACAAGUCAAGGGCCGAGGCGAAGCGAAUGAAGGUGGCAAAGAAUGCACAGAAUAUUAACCCAUCUUCCUCGCAGAAUUCACAGAAUUUUGCAACUUAUAAGGAAGGUUACAACGUAUAUGGCAUCGAAAGUGUUAAAAUUUAGGGGAUGACCUUGAACGAUGCCCUGAGGAGUGAAGCGAGGCUGUCAAUUACAGGAAGUACUGGAGAAAAUGGACGUGUUAUGACUCCAGAAUUUCCAAAAGCAGUGCAUGCUGUCCCUUACGUGAGUCCUGGCAUGAGAAUGAAUGUCAGUGUGACUGAUCUCUCGUGAUUGAUAAGAACCUUUUGAGUGCCUUACACAAUGGUUUUCUUGUGUGUUUAUUGACAAAGUGGUGAGAGGCAUCCAGUAUCUUGAAGACUUUUCUUUCAGCCAAGAGUUCUUACAUUUGUGGAAUUCAUCUCGAGUUGUAAAGAAUGGUUACCUAGAAACACAACAUCCUUUUCUACUCCGGUUCCAGACAAAGCUUGGUGGACACGCACAGCUCACACGGAAGUACUCUAAUUUCACUGACGUCUUUGUACAGACAACAAACUCGUUUCUGCAGUCCUAUUGUUAGUCUCUUGAUUCAUAAUGACUUAAGCACACUUGACAUCAACUGCAUCAAGAUGUGACAUGUUUUAUAAGAAAAAGGGGAAAAAAAAACAUUUAAAAUAAAAAAAAUAUUUUUAGGUAUUUUCACAAACAAACUGGCUUUUCAGUAAACUUGCUUCCAUAUUGGUUGGAUAAGACAACAACAAUUAAACUAAGUGGGAAGUGAUUAAAAGGCUUUAGGUAUCAGUUACAUAUUUUUCAAAGCCAAAUAUGUACAUGCUAAGGAAAGAAAAAACAAAGAGAAGAGUCAAUCUUGUAGUAAUUUAAUAUUGUUAUUAAAACUUUAAUGUAUCCUAUUCUUUAACAUUUGGUGUUAAUAUAAAAUUACUUGGCAGUGCUUGACAUUUGAAAUAAACAUUUUUCUAUUGUUUUAUUUGCAAGUGGUCCAAUUAAUUUUACUUAGCUACAGUUUGGUCAUCAAUAAGUCAAAUGAAUUCAAAGACUAUUAAAUUGUUAGGUUCCCAGAGAAAUUAGGCUGCUUUAAAGAAGACCAGGUGGUUUUUAGAGUAUAAACUUCUCCCAAAACAAAAUCUGAACCUGUUUUUAGUAUGUCUUCUCAUAUAUAAAGCAUUUAAUCUCUGUAGAUAAAUGCUAAUAGCUUUUAAAAGCUAAUCUUAAAAAACAAAUACCAGAGUAGAUAAGGUUCCAUUUUACAGUGUCCGAGAGAGAGAAGUAUCAUUUGUAGGUAAAGUUAGAAAUGCCCUGAAAGUAGAUAGAUGCUUGUUGAUCAAAUUCCAUAAACUAAAUCUGAGUUUUUGUUUUAAAAUGUUAAGAGCUGGCAUAAAUCUUAUAUAUUAUGAAUAAUUUAAGCAUUUUUGAGUCACCUGCAAUACAGUUUCUUCCAAUUGUCAUCAAUAUAAAUGACCUUAAAAUAAAUAUUUUUUAUACUUUUAUUUCUUGGGUAGAAUAGCUAUUUUAAAAUGCCCAGUGUGGCUAAAACACAUAUCUGUGACUCAUGACUAAAGAUCUUGUAUUUCUCUUGUUGAGAAAUUUAAAGGAUCUAUCUUUCCCUUCAUUAAAGACCAUUUAUUUCCACUGAUGCCCUUUACAGUGUAAUUAGUUCAGAGUUUAAAAUUAUUAACAUUCAGUCAUAAUUUUUAAUAUUUUUAUUCUUGCUAUCUCUGCAGGCAUGCACUUGGCGUUUUACUAAGUGUCUUGAAAACAUUCUUAUUUAUUAUGUAUCACAAAGGGAAAGAGAAAUGUGGAGUCUUAAUAGCAAUCACUUGCAUGGAAAGUGGUGGUGUGAGGUAUCAUGAUAUUCUUCCUUAAAUUUAGCUGUCCCUAAUCACAAAUUCCAGGCUAAAACAAUAUAAUUUUAGUGCAUUUCUCCUCAUCAGGAAUGUUGGAGUUGCAUUUUAAGUUUAAAUCAUCAAUGCUAGAAUGACCAAAUUGCAGACUAAUUGUUACCAUAUUAUACUUAAAAUGAUUUUUAAAAAUGAAAAAGAUGACAAUAUACAAUCAAUGCUAUUUAAUGUACCUCUGGGCCUACUCUUCUACAAAUUGUAGCUUAUCAAUUUUUCUCUGUCAAGCUUGAACUAAUGUAAAUAAUUGAAAUAAUGUAAAGUUAUAUUUUCAUGUUUUUAUAGAUACAACAUGACAAGAAUACAUAAGUGUAAGAGUAUUUCAACUAUGGAUAAUGUUGAUUGGAUAAUGCACAUCUCAGUUACAAGCAGUAAUCAUAGUAUAAUAUCCAUGUAACGGUGCAUCAAUAUAUUGUUAUAUAAAUAUAUCUGUGUGCAUCAAGUGAAAUGUGGUCAAACAAGAGUGAUGACAGCUGUCUAAAGGUUUUUUUAUUCAUUUUAUAUAAAAACUGUUAUGGAAAGACCAAAAUGUUUAUGAACUAUUCUUAUGUAAAUUUACAACUGUCCUUUACUGUACUUUUUUGUUUACAGUAUAUGGUACCUUAUUUUCUGCUGUGUUAAGUAGAUGUCAGGCUCCAAGGAGACAUACACUUUCUACAACUUCUAUUGAAGAUAUUGGAAUUUCCAAUUUUUCAUGUGUACUAUGUCAGAAAAUGCUUUUGAUUUUAUUUUUAAAUCUAACAUCGGAUGGCUUUUUCGGAUGUUGUAAAAACUUCAGUCAUACAUAAAACAUGUUCUUAAAAAAGACAAAGAUCUUUAUUUAUUUUUAUGAGAUAGUUCUUAAACCUAAUAAUAAUGAGAAACAAAACAAACAAAAAAGUGCUUACGUGUAGUCCCAAACAAACCCAGUGUUUCUAUUCAACAAGGACCUCCUUUGCCCAGUGUAUAUGUUAGCAUGGUACACUUGUAAUAAAGUAGAAGUAACUUUUUUAGCUAAAAUCAUUAACAUUUUCAACAUUCUUAGCUUACAAUCACUAAGUGUUUGGGGCAUAUGUAGCUAUUAAUUUUGUUCCUCAUUUUGCACUGUGUUUUGUUAGCUCAGCUGCUGUUAUAACCAGAGCAGAAAAGUAACUUGCUUUAAAAAUUCCACAGUGCAACACAUUUCCAGGCAUACGUGUUUCCAAAAAGUGCUCAUUUCUUGUUUUACUGAAGAGAGUAUUGAUGAGAAACUAAAACUCUUGCAACUUUGUCUUUCUACAAAGAUGAUCAUCUUAAUAUUUAGACAGUGCUUUAAAAUAUAUUCUGAAAUUAAGCCAUUUUAGUUCUUCAAAAUUGCAUAUUAAAAUUUCUUGUAUAAAAUUUUGCAGUUUGAAUAUAUUUAAUGUUUCAAAGUUGAGUGUACUAAUGCUCUGCUUAAAUAUACAGUAAUCUUAACAUUCUGCAAUCAUAACUUUGCAAAUACUGUAAAUAUUUUGGUGGUCAUGGUAAUAAAAAGAGCAAACGAAGAGAAACAACAACAUAAUAACCCUACAGGAUGAUUUUAAUACACCACCUUGACAAUACCAUUAAAAAAAAUUGCUGAAAAUAAUUAGAAAACUAUAAAAUGUGAUUUUCCUCCCAGUUUUCUAUUUCCUAUCUCAUCAUAUGCUAGAGUUAUCGGCCUCGGAAAUAUAAACAAAACUCAAUACUUUAAUGCCUUAAAAGGUAUGUGUGGGUCUUUAAACCUGUUUUAGAUUGGGUAAGAGUUUAUUUAUUAGAGAGCCUGCAAUUCUGUUGUGUAUAAUGAGGUGCAAAUCAGGUAAAUAUUCCAUUUUCCUCUAAUUGAAAUGAAAUGAGUAGGUAUAUGGAUUGAAUUAGUUACACAUGUUCUAUAUUGCCAAUUUUAAUUGAUGAUGUAAGGUUUAUUAGUAAUAUACUAUGAACUUUGGAGAGUUUAUUGGUUAAGUCCCACAAAUUUUAUAUGAACUCUUUGUUGUUGUUUAGUCACUAAGUCUUGUCUGACUCUUUUGUGACCCCAUGGACUGUAGCCGCCAGGCUCCACUGUCCAUGGAAUUUCCCAGGCAAGAAUGCUGGAGUUGGUUGCCAUUUCCUUCUCCAGGUGUAUGAACUCUAAAUAAGCUUAUUAAAGGAAAUCGAAUGAUAUAAACACC